AAGUAUCUUAUUAAGUAAUACAUAUAAAUAUGGAAGAAAAUAAUUAAACCGUUCGGAACUAAUGAAAAUUUGUGGCAUCAGUAAUACUGAAAUGUUCAGUAUUUUUGUAUAUUUCAAUAUUGUGCAGUUUGUGUCAUGUUAUUAUUCUGUCAAAGAGGAUAAAGAAUUGAGUAAAUUUUUCACUGAUUUGUACAACGCGGAUGUAAAUUCAGUUGAAAAUGGUAAAGAUUAUCGAUUGAAUUUACAAGGAAAACUAGCUAGAGGAAUGGAUUCUGUAGAUUUGGCAUCUAAACCAUUGUUUGAAUUUGUUGAUGAAGAGAUAUUGGGGAAGAGACCUACUUUUGCAAAAUUCAUUGCAUUAUUGGAUAACUACAAUCCUCAAGUUGGUGUCACUGAAGUCGUCACAGACCAACAACAGAAGGAGGAAGAUGACUUUAUCGAUGAAUUGCUAAAAACAAAAGUCAUGAAAAUGGCUUAUAAUUUCCUUAUCAAAAAACAAAAGUUGUCAGGAGAUAUUACAAACUUUGGAAAAUUCUUAAAGGAUUUAUGGUUCAAGCGAUAUAAACGUAGAAGUCCAAAAGACUCUUCUGCAUUUGAACAUGUAUUUGUUGGUGAACAUAAAAAUCUUGAUGUGCUUGGAUUACAUAACUGGAUUCAGUUUUAUUUAAAAGAAAAGAAAAAUCAAUUAAACUUUUUUGGAUGGACUAGAAGAUUUUGUAAAGAUCAACUUAUCACUGUAACAUAUGUCAAUGAAAAUAAAUAUAAAAAGCCAAUUGGAAGUGUUUUUGUUGGAUCAUCUCCAGAAUUCGAUAUUGCUGUUUAUACGGUUGCUUUUGCACUACAUCCUACAUCUGUAUUUGACGUAAAUAUCUCUGGAUGUAAAGUACGUAUAACAUGUCAUGAAUUAUCUCCCUCUGAAAUGGGUACAUGUUAUAUGGGGUAAACACUAUAUGUAUCUGAAUAAACAUUUGUUUCCACUGACCUUAAAAACAAUAGCAAACUUAAGUUUAAUAUGUCGUUUGAUAGAUUAAUAUUCCGAAAAUAUAUAAUUUUGUUG